AUGGCGGUUGGUCGAUGCGGCGCGAGUCUAGCUGUACGACUAUUGCAUCAAAACGUUGCAAUUCGACUUGGGACGGUUCGCAAGUUUUGUGUUGUCCUGAUCGUUACGUCUGCAGUGGAGAAGAUGAUUUUCAGAAUCAAUACUGCUGCAAAGGUUAAUCCAUCUAUGAGCCUAUGGGGAACCAAUGACAGAGACGAUGGCCUUUGGUGCUGUGCCUCUGAAGAUGUGGGUGUUUACAAGAAUACCGGGCAAGUAGAUGGGCUGGUGUUUCUAUGUACGGGAACUGAGGUGACUACUCUGGCCACGACACUUUCCUCGGCCACUCUUUUGUCUCAGUGCUCGAUGACUAGCACGCCUACGAGCAUCUCUGCCAGCACCUCUACUACCGCAUCCACCAGCGCGAACGCCUCUGGCGAGGAAGAUUCACCGGCGGGUGUUCCUGCAGGAGCUAUAGCUGGCGGUGUUGUUGGCGGUGUCGCCGGAAUCGCACUUGUGGUUGCCGGGAUAUAUUUCUUGAAGAAGAAGAAGAAAAGUGACCCGGAAGAGCAGCCUUCAACAGAAGUUCCUGUCCAAGAAGGACAACAGUGGUCUCAACAGCGUUGGCCUAACUCUCAAAGGAGGCGACCCAGUGAGCUGGAAACAGUGGAGCCGCGGCUUGAGAUGAAUGGCGUGAAGCCGACCUACGAGCUUGACGCAACUGAGGAGCAAGCAAGGGAGAGGGAUGUUUCUCCAUUGAGUCCACCGAGGUGA